CCGCCGCCGCACUCCGCUUCCCGCUCACACGCCCCCACCACCGCCCUCGCCCUCGCCUCACUCUCCUCUCCGGCAAUGCAGCGCGACGCGAUCGCCGCCGCCCGGAACGCCGGCUGCUCGAGCGGCCGCAUCUCGCAGCCGCCGCCGCCGCCGUUCUACUCCGCCGCCACCGGAAUCUACAGCAGCAUCCACCCUCCCGUGGCGCUCCCCACCGACCCCUCCCUCACCCUCGUCGCCCACCUCUUCGCCCGCCUCCCCCUCGCCGACCCGGGCGCCCCCACCCUCGUCGACGCCGCCACCGCGUCCGCGGUGUCCCGCGCCGACCUCCGCCGCCUCGUCGCCUCCCUCGCCGCGGGGCUCCGCCGCCGCCAUGGCGUUCGGAAGGGGUCCGUUGUGCUGCUGCUCCUCCCGAACUCCGUCGCGUUCCCCGUCUCGUUCCUCGCCGUGCUCGCCGCCGGCGCCGUCGCCACCACCAUGAACCCCUCCAGCUCCCCCGCCGAGAUUGCCGCCCAGGCGCGGGCCACCGGCGCAUGCCUCGUCCUCGCCUCGCGCGACGGCGCCGCGAGGCUCCCGCCUCUCGCUGCCCCCGUCGUCCUCGUGCCCGAAAUCCUGGACCAUUCCGCCGCGGCCGACGACGGCGACGACGACCAACGCGUGUUCGCCGCGUUCCGCGCCAUGCUCGACGGCGGCGGCGGCGACGGCACCGAGACGGCGGUCCCGGUGGUGGGCCAGGACGACGCGGUGGCCAUCCUCUACUCGUCGGGGACGUCGGGGAGGAGCAAGGGGGUGGUGCUGACGCACCGCAACCUGAUCGCCAUGACGGAGCUGUUCGUCCGGUUCGAGGCGUCGCAGUACCACGCGCGAGGUGCUCGCGAAAAUGUCUACAUGGCGGCGCUGCCCAUGUCCCACGUGUACGGCCUCUCCCUCUUCGCCGUCGGCCUCCUCUCGAUCGGUGCCACGGUGGUGGUGAUGAGGAGAUUCGACGCCGGCGACGCCGUCGCCGCCAUCGGGAGGUACAAGGUGACGCACAUGCCGCUCGUGCCGCCCAUCAUGGCGGCCAUGGUCAGGGCCGCCGCGGCCGGCGGCGUGCCGCCGUCGCAGGUGGCCUCGCUGGUGCAGGUCUCGUGCGGCGCGGCUCCGAUCACCGCCGCGCUCAUCCACGAAUUCCUUCAGGCUUUCCCCCACGUCGACUUCAUUCAGGGUUAUGGCAUGACAGAAUCUACUGCCGUAGGAACUCGCGGAUUUAACACUAGCAAGCACAAAAAGUAUACCUCGGUAGGCCUUUUGGCCCCCAACAUGCACGCCAAGAUUGUUCAUCUUGAGAGUAGUUCAUGUUUGCCUCCAGGCUUCUCAGGGGAGCUAUGGCUCCAUGGCCCAGGAAUCAUGAAAGGUUACUUGAGUGAUGAUGAUGAUGCCUGCACGAGAAAGGAUGGCUGGUUGCGUACCGGAGACAUUGCCUACUUUGAUCUGGAUGGCUACCUAUACAUUGUAGGCCGCUUGAAGGACACAAUCAAGUACAAAGGAUUUCAGAUAGCUCCGGGGGACUUGGAAGAAGUUUUGAUCCACCACCCUGAAAUUCUUGAUGUUGCUGUGACAUCUGCUGAGGAUGAAGAAGCUGGAGAGAUACCAGUAGCUUUUGUGGUGAGGAGAUCUGGAAGCAACCUUUCUUGUAAGCAAGUGAUGGAGUAUGUGGCCAAGCAGGUUGCUCCAUAUAAGAGAGUGAGGAAGGUGGUAUUUGUGGAGGCAAUUCCCAAGUCACCUGCUGGAAAAGUUUUGAGGAGGCUUCUCAGGAACUCGCAUGACACUGCUGCUGCUGCUACCUCUUCUUGCAGUAUCAGCUCCAAGCUCUGACCGUCACUUCACUUCAAAAAAAAUUCUCAGAGGUUUAUAGUCUUACACUCCCUCCAUCCCAAAACGUAGCGUCCAGAUUUAUAGCCGGAAAUAGCUACAUUUUGGGACGGAGGGAGGAGUUGAUAAUAUGAAGCUGUACUUCAAACUCCCCGGGUUGUGUUGCAUAUCUCUGAAAAUAUUUAAUGUCUGUAAUGCUUAUUGCAAA